AUGCAGGAAAAGGCGACGGCUACGCCCGGCAGACGUCACUGCUGGGUGACCUCCCGGCAGGAGGUCGGAAUCCGCAAAUACCUGCAAGCGUGGAGGCGGAGGCCCAGAGCAAACAGCCUGCUAGGCUCCCUGGACAGCGCGCGGCCCUGGCGCAAGUCACGGCGCUUGCGCGGCUCUGCGCCCCGCCCCGCCCCGAGUGCAGGGGGCGGGGCAGCGAGGGGCGUGACCGAGGGCGUGACCGAGGGGGCGGGCCGGGCCGCGGAACCUGCGCGGCGGGGGCCUGGCGAGCGGGGAAGCUGCGGACGCCCGGCGUGCGCGCACCGCGACUUCCGCCCUGCUGCGGUCCCCCGGAGCCGGGAGAGGCGUGCGCAGGCUUCGCGUCCGCGUGUCGUCCCCGCGCGUCCUCUCGGGCGCCCGCUCCCCGGCGUCCUGGCAGCUCGCGCCGUGACCGCCCAGGCUGGGGCCUGGCUGCUUCUCUGGGCGACGGGUGGGCUGGCCUGCACCCCCGCCUCGGCCUUUACCUCCGCCCGCCCCGACGCUGGUAAAGGAAGCGAUGGGGCUGCGGGAGUACGCGCGCGGUUUGAGGACCACGAGGGUGGGGAGCAGUUCUGGGCCUCGGCGAGCGACCCUAGAACUGUAGGGCAUAAGGUCACUUGUUCUGAAAUUACGUUGAGGCAAGAUGUUUUGAAAGAUGGUUUCCACAGAGAUCUUGUAAUAAAAGUGAAAUUUGGAGAAAGUAUUGAGGACUUACAGACUUGCCGACUCUUAAUUAAACAGCUCAUCCCAACAGGACUUUUUGUGGAUCCAUAUGAGUUGGCUUCCUUGCAAGAGAGAAACAUAACAGAGGCAGUAAUGGUGUCAGAAGACUUUAAUAUAGAAGCUCCCAACUAUUUAUCCAAGGAAUCUGAAGUUCUCAUUUAUGCUAGACAAGAUUCACAGUGUAUUGAUUGUUUCCAAGCUUUUUUGCCUUUGCAUUACCGCUAUCAUCGCCCACAUAGUAAAGAUGGAGAAACUUUUAUUGUAGUCAAGAAACCUGAUUUAUUGAUGUAUUGUGACCAAGAGUUUCCAAUUUUGAAAUGCUGGUCUCAGUCAGAGGUGGCAGCUCCUUGUGCUUUGAAGAGUAAGGAUAUCUGCCAGUGGAACAAUAUGAAAUAUAAAUCAGUAUAUAAGAAUGUGACUCUACAUGUUCCAGUGGGACUAACUAUACAUACCUCUUUAGUAUGUUCUGUAACUCUGCUUGUUACCAUCCUGUGUUCCACUUUGAUCCUUGUAGCUGUUUUCAAAUAUGGUCAUUUUUCCCUAUAAGUUUUAUGCUAUUAAAUGCAUUCCAUAAACCUAUGUAAGAUCUGGUCAUUUGUGACUAAAGGUGUUUUUCUAGAACUGUGGCAUUAUGUUUGUCAUUUGCAUUCAUUUAUGUCUAAAAUUAUGUUUACCAGAGGAAAUUUUGGAUCAUUCUCAACUAAUUCCAAAAUUCAAUUCUUUGUUGGGUAGACUUUUGAAAAUCCUCAAGCAUCAAGGGCCAGUAGAGGGGAAAAAAAAAAGAGAGAGAGCCAGUAGAGGAAAUGUAAUUCUGUUAACUUAAUAAUUUACUUUGUAAAAGCAACUUUUUUCAUUUGGGUUAGAAAAAUAAGUUCUUUAUGUAGUAGAGACAAAUUAUUCUCAUUUUGUAGAUAGAAACAUACCUGUUUAAGCUAAAAAUUGAGGAAAUCAUUAUAAAUAAGUAUAAAAUAAUUUAAAUUAAUAAGAGGUUUAUUUAAACAUUAAAUUCAUGAGAAUAUUACAUCACUUAUCCAGAGUUUCUUUUUUGUGUGUGAAGAAGUAAUAGGGUGUAGGCCAGAGGUGUGGGGGGUGAGAAGAGUCACCAGAGACAGUGGGGAGCAAAACAGGCAAAUUUUCUGAAGUACGCUGCUAAGGGGAGCCAGUGGGCAAGACAGGAGAGGUCUGCUCUGCCAUAUGUGGAUUAGCUGACUGGGGAUUGAACUCAGGCCUUAGGAGUGCUAGCUCUGAGAUGUAACCCCUAGGCCCUUAUCCAUAGUUUCAAAAAAAAAAGUCUGAAAGCUAGGAAAUUAUUAAUACCAAAAUUGAUUAUUCCUUUAAGAAUUUCUAUCUUUUAUGUUUUCGUUUUUUUUUUUUAAGAUUUAUUUAUUUAUACAAGAACUGGGGUACAGGCCAGAGGCAUGGGAAGGUGAGAGAAUUCACCCAAGACAGCGAGGAGCAGAACAGGCAGAUGGACUGAGGACACUGCUGAGGGGAGCAGCGGGCGAGGCAAGAGAGGUCUGCCAUGCCAUGUGGGAUGCUCCCUGGCAGGCCGGGAAUCAAACCCGUGCUGCAGAGGCUGUGGACAGCUUCAUAGCGCGGUGCUCAAUUCACUGCGCCACUGGGGAGGCCCCUAUCUUUUAUGUUUUAUAAUUUCUUUUGACUAUCUGAAUUGACAAAAGGGCUUGGUGAAGCUAAGUACUAAGAUUUAGUUCUGAUUUAGUACUGAGUUUGCUAGAAAAAACAAAUCACAUUGUCACUUUAAAGGGUAAAUUUUGUUCAGUAGUACAUUUGCCAGAAAAAUCUUUUUGUAUCUCCAGAUAAUUGUUUUUAAGCAAAAGGUCCUGGUUUAAUGUUAUACUUCAAAAAAAUAGAAAAUAAAGUGUCACAAGCUAAUUAAAAAAAUAAAAGGGCUAACAUGCCCUCUGUUCAUUGAGAACAAACAUAUUCCACAGCAGAAACCAAAAGUCCAGGGUAUGUUGGCAUUGUUUUCUAUAGAGUAAUGUGAUGUGAUAUUUAUAUAUGCUAUGACUGCUAAAUUUCCUAAAACAUCAUAUCCAUGGGAAUAUAUCUUUUAUAAUAUGACAUGUUUGGCUUGACUAGUCAUAACAUUUCCUUUUUGGAGGAAUUUUUGAGACUUGAAUAUUGAAAAAGGCAACCCAAUGCUAUAAAGCAAAAUUAUUAGAGGUCCUUAAAAUGAUUAAAAUUUCAACCCUAUCUAGUUUCAUAUAUGUGCAGU